AUGGUGGCUAAAAAAGAUAGUACAAAAGUUUCCAAGAAGCUCAAGAAAAAAGUUGUAAAGAAAACAAAAAUUAUUAAGGGUUUGAAAAAACAAAAGAUGAACAAGAGUACUAAGGGAAUUAAAUAUGUUUUGGAUUGUACCAAGCCUGUUAAGGAUACAAUUUUAGAUAUAAGCGGAUUGGAACAAUUUUUCAAGGAUAAAAUUAAAGUUGAUAAGAAAACAAAUAACUUGAAAAAUAAAGUUGUAGUAACAUCUGAUGAAUAUAAAAUUUAUAUCACCGUCCACAUACCCUUUUCUAAAAGAUACAUAAAGUAUUUGGCAAAGAAGUAUAUAAAGAUGCACCAAAUACGUGACUUCUUAAGAGUUAUAGCUAAAGGAAAAUUAGCCUACGAAUUUAAAUACUUUCAAUUAAAUAAUUAA